AUGGCCUGCGCCUUAGCGCCGAGUUGGUCGGCGUUCCUUGGGUUCAGACUCCUGACUGGAAUAUUUGGAAGCUCAAUUGUGGCACUUGGUCCAGGAAUUUUGGCCGAUAUUUAUCGGGAUCCCAAGGCUAGAGGUUGGAGCAUAGCGGUCUUCAUGGGAGUAACCGGGUUUGGCCCUAUGCUGGGACCAAUCAUUUCGGGAUUUACCUCACCAGCCAAAGGCUGGCGCUGGUCUUUCUGGAUCGCUCUGAUACUUGCUGGAGCGACAUUCAUAUUUGUCUUGCAGUUUCCAGAGACCUAUGAGCCCAUCCUCGUGAGAAAGUAUGCCUCUGAGAAUUUGACUGGGUCUCCAUCGAAAGACUCGCAAAAUUCUAAGCAGAAUAAUCGACCGUGGAGAUCAAUCCUCGGUGAAGUUCUACUACGGCCUCUUUAUCUUCUCUUCACAGAGCCCGUUGUCGCUGCCUGCUCUGUGUACCUGGCACUGUGCUAUUCCAUCUUUUACAUGUCAUUCCAGGUCUUCCCUUACAUUUUCCAAGAAGUUUAUGACCUAUCUCCGGGUCAAUGCGGAUUGGUUCAACUAACAAUCGGGGCUGGCUGUGUCUUAACCUUGCCUGUUUAUUGGGUAUACGAGCGGCUGUUGCCCCGGCUAGUUGACAUUCCUUCCGCUCGCAGCAAGGAAGAACUUUUUCGCUUACCACUUGCAUGUUUGGGCGGCCCAUUAUUCGUGAUUUCACUUUUCUGGCUGGGAUGGUCUUCCCAUGUCGACGUUCCUUUCGCAGUACCCAUGAUAGCUGGUAUCCCCUUUGGGAUGGGCUUCAUGUGUGUCUUCAUUGCAAUUCUCAACUACGUUACCGACACUUAUCGACUGUUUGCAGCAUCUGCUAAUGCUGCUUCAAGUUGUAGUCGCUCAUUCUUCGCAACCUUUCUGCCCCUUGCCAGUUACCCUAUGCUCUCACGCCUAGGGAUCACCGGAACUUGCAGUUUGCUCGGGGGGCUCAGUGCAUUGUUAUCAAUUAUUCCUUUUUUGUUGAUUUGGAAAGGCGAAGCUAUCCGUGCGCGGUCGCGCUUCUGCAAUACCCUCAAGAAUCGUGAUAAGACCUCCGAUAUAUCACACAUGAGCCGUCAUCCAGUCGAGCACUUGGUGGCCUAG